AACCCACGGCGGCCGGCGGGCCAAUCUCCCGUCCCGACGGCGACCGUGAUGCUCAGACAGGCGACACCGGAAUAUAUAUUAGCUUAGCCAAACGGAAUGAUUCCUCCGGCGCGGCAUAAUCCGGCUGCCUUUCCUUCUCCUCCUCCUCGGUGAGGUCGCGCCGGCCGGCUGCCUCCCCAUUCCCAUCACGUCCUCCCUCCCACCACCCCGCGCCAAUGCCUCCCACAGCGCGCCAUGGCGACCGAGACCCCGACCGCCUCCCCCACCGCCCGCACCCUCUCCGCGGCCUUCGCCGACGACCGCCGACGCGAGGACAGGCACCGGGCCGUGCCCGCCGGGCUCGUCAAGCUCAUGCUCCACCGCUGGGGCGCCGCCUGCCUCCCCAAAAGCAGGGCCGCUCUCAGCGCCCGCGCCCGCGCCGCCACCCCGCCCCCGCAGACGCAGACCCGGCCGUUGUCCGCGUCGACGCCCCCGGCGGCGCAGGUGCCGGCACGCCAGGGCCACGCGGACGCGCGGAAUGUCGCGGCGAGGAGGCCUUUGAGGGAGAGAGAGGAAGCCGCCGCCGUCGCGGUCGCCCGAGCGCCGACGCCGACGGGAUCCCAAGACAAGCCCGUGAAGGCUGCGGGCGGUGGGAGCGGCGAUACGGCCACCACCGUUUGUAGAGGAGCAAACAUCUGGGUGAGGGUCCCGCGCAAGCGAACGUCGUCGCCGCGGGUGGACUCUCCGCAGCAGCUGUCGGUGGAAUCGACGGGGUCGGCGGCGGACGACGAGUACGUGUGGGCGGACAGGUACCGGCCCAGUCUGCUCGGGGAAUUCAUCUGCAACAAGGCCGUCGCCGACGAGCUCCACCGGCUGGUUACGGAACAAGAGUGCAACCAUUUCAUCUUCGAAGGCGCGCAGGCGGUCGGGAAGAGAAGCAUGGUGCUGGCCCUUCUAAGGGAUGCUUUUGGUCCUCAUAAUCUGCAGGUACAGGAACACUCAAGGAGGAUGGAACUGAAGGGAGAAAUGGCCAGACACAUUGAUGUGAAAGUCAAGAUUUCAGGUCAUCAUGUGGAGGUUAACUUGGCUGAUUUACAUGGCUACGAGAAUCAUGUCAUAACCUCUUUGCUAAAUGAAUCAAUCCUGCCACCAGACUCGAUCUGCGAUCAUACUAACUGCAAAGUGAUUGUGGUCCACGACGCUGACAGACUCUCCUCCGAUUUUCAACAUUAUAUCGGUUGGUUUCUGGGAAGGUAUGCAGGUUGCAACAAAAUCAUCUUCUGCUCCUCCUAUUCUUCAAACCUUGAGGCUGUGAAACAUCUAUGCAAGGUCGUCACGCUUCAGCCACCUUCAUUUGAGGAGAUGAUCAAGGUUCUGGAGUUCAUUGCUAUGAAAGAAGGCAUAGAUUUGCCUCGCGGAAUUGCCAGUAGAAUUGCAGUGAGCGCAGGCAACAAUCUCCGACAGGCAAUACGUUCUUUUGAAGCUACAUGGAGAGCAAACUACCCAUUCAUAGAAGGUCAACCUAUUCUGGCAGGAUGGGAGGAAGAAAUAUAUAAUGUGGCCAAGAAAAUCCUGGAGGAGCCAAGUCCAAAGCAGCUGUAUCUCAUUCGGGGGAAGAUCAGAAAAAUGAUUGAGCAUAGCGUGUCACCUUAUUUCAUUUUCCGUCACCUGGUUACUAAACUGAAAAGGGACAGGGAUAAAGAUUUUCAGAAUAGCGUCGAUGAACUGGCAUCGGAGUUUAACCAUUGCGCAGGCCGCAGGUUUCAGAAAGAACAACUCAAAGAAUACAGAUCUUAGGACACAACUUUGGUCAUCAGUAUAGAACAUUUGUCCAAGGAAGGCCGUGACCAAGGGGAAGCCAUCCAACACUUCAUAAAGAUUGAAGAAUUCACCGUGAGGUUCAUGAGCUUCUACAGAUCCUGGCAGAAUUCACCGCGAGGUUCAUGAGCUUCUACAGAUCUUUCACAGGGAAGAACUCGGGUAAAGGGGGUAUUCUAUGAAGGGGGUGAUCCACUCGCUCCAUCGAAAGCAUCUCCAAGUAUUGUCGCACUUUAGGUAAAUAAGCAGUGGCCUCUCCCUGCCUCUGUAUCAGAGCAUCGUUGCUCCGUGUAAGAUGAAAAUAGGCCCGUGUGAUCCGUGCUGUGCUUGUGAAAAUAUGAUCAUGCACAGAACUUGGCAUAUGUGUGGAGUGGAUUGUGAUGGGCUCCAUACUGUAAAGUGUUUGCAAUUUUCAAAAAGGUGU